UACAUAUUGGGUCUUAUUUGCAAUUCUAAUCAGGUUGAUUAUUAUGACCAUGACACUUUAACUUUGGUCCCAGUUAUAUGCUAAUUUAUUGGUUAACAGGUAGUAUACCGAGAGAAGUUGGAAACUUAACAACAUUGAAAGAGAUCUACCUUGAUAAUAAUAAUUUCAUAGAAAUUCCAAAUGAAAUCGGCACUUUAGGUCAACUAGAAGAAUUGUUUGUGCAAAACAAUGCCCUCGAAGGAAAUGUUCCUAUGCUAGUCUUCAACAUGUCUUCUUUGAUUACUUUGACUCUAAAAGGAAACUAUUUGAAGGGUAGACUUCCAGACAAUGUGUGCCAGAAUCUUCUUCAUGUUCAACACUUGAAUUUCGCUCAGAAUGAGCUUGAAGGUCCACUUCCAUCCAAAUUUUGGCAAUGCAACCAACUUGUUAAUAUAGUUUUGGCGCGUAACAACUUCAAUGAAAGCAUACCCAAAAGUAUUGGGAACGCAACCCAAUUGAAACAGAUUGAGCUUAGCGAAAACAAUUUGACAGGUACUAUACCAUAUGAGAUUGGUCAUCUUCCAAACUUAGAGAUAUUGGACCUCGGUGGUAAUAAUCUGAAUGGUCUCAUCCCAACCACAAUCUUCAACAAGUCCACAACAAUGUUUAUACAACUAGAUAAUAAUCAGCUCUCAGGCAGCCUUCCAACAAAUAUAGGUCUUGGGCUUCCAAACCUGCAAGAGUUCGCCAUAGGAGAAAAUAAACUAAGUGGAGAAAUCCCCAAAUUCAUCUCCAAUGCUUCUCAGCUCACGCUCCUAGCGAUGUCACAUAACUUCUUUUAUGGCUUUAUUCCUAGCACAUUGUGUUUUAACAAACCUUCAAGUACUUUCUCUAGCGGGGAAUAA